CUCGCCAUCCGUGACUAAGAUCGCGAACAUGCUACGAAACUAACUUGGAAACUUACCUCCAACAGAGAGGCACUAAAGCAAUAUCUUCAAUAAUCUCAGUAGAGUAGGUUUUUAGACAUUUUAAAUAUAUAUCGACGACUUUAACGUCAAAGUUCCUGUGCUUUCGUCGAAAAUGCUUAAGAUUCGCCAGUCAUUGCUUCCAGUAGUGCUGCUGACUACAAUUACAUUUUCUUCAAGCAACGUUCUUCCAAUAUUAUCUAUAAACAAACUCGAUACAGAUUCCCUUUUGGAAGACCAAGAUAAUGACAAUACUUUAAAUAACAACAGACAUACUAAUAAUCCAAAUGUAUUUUAUAAAGUUUUUAUUGGAACGUCUAAAGACAACUUACCGAAAAAAUCGCAAAUGACUAGACUAAAAUAUUUAGAUAAUGACAAUAAUCAGGAAAGGAAGAUUUUCAAUGGACUUAUGGAUAAUGAUAAUAACUAUGACGACGAAGGUUUUCGAAAAGAGCAAUGGCAUAACUACCCGAGACAGUUAGAUCGACUUAAUAAAAACUUAUUACUUGAUAAACAACUUCAAAAAGUUCUUAAUAAUGACGACAUGGAAAAAUUAAAACGAACCGAUGACUCCCAAAACCUGCACCAUUACAUAAGCGAUGAUAUUUAUGGUAACUUUGACACAGACGUUAUUGCUGGUCCGCUAUUAAUACUUAAGAUAAAAUUGGCGUACUUAACUAACAAUAUAAAAAAUACUGAUUCAAACACAGAUUUUUACGCUGAUUUAUUACCAUUAGAAUCGACGACAGACAAUGAUAACGAUAAAAUAAAAGAUGAUGACGCGCUUUUCGAAAACAAUGAAAAAUCUGUCGUAAAAGUGAAGAGAAAGGGGAAACUACACAGAGAAGAUUUGUCAUUUUUAGAAAACUCAUCAAACGAAAAUAAAUCGGUAAAGAAACGAAUAUUUUCACUAUGGAGCCGUUUACAAAGUCUUUCACAUAGGGGACACGAGCUCCACCACCGAAGACACUUGUACGCAUUCUAUGGCCUUCCUGAAGAUGGAGGCGGUGGUGCCCUUACUGCGGAAACAAGAGCUACUUUAAUGAGACCACCCGGCUCGCCUUUAAGAUGGGGUUAAGA